UGGACACGAUGAAGGACGUACUUAGGAGAAGUUGGACAGAUCAUAGCACGCCGCCAGGAACGAUUACCAACACUUUUGCGAGUUUCGCGGCGACAAGUUGAAGAUUUGCCCAGAAAACGUGAAAAGUUAGUCACGGCAGGCGGAACGCGACUGAAGUUGCGCUGUGCUCAGUCCCAGUGGUGAGGAUUUACGUGCCGGCAAAUCUAGCGGCGCCACCAUGGCUUACCCGGCGGGCCCACCCUUCACCGUCCCCGAGGGAGCGGACAGGUACGCCCCGGUGCGGGGGACGGGCUCGCCCGCGGAGUUGGUGGACAUGACCCGGUCGGCGGGGAGUCAGCACUCCAUAGCGGGGAUCCUGGCCGCCACCGCCGCCAGCAGUGCCAUGGAAGUACCGGUACCCGCAGCGGCUGCCGCAGCAACUCCAGGCGAAGACCAGUCACAAACCAGCGAAGACGACACGAGGCUCGGGAACACGCCGCCGACCCCGAGGCCCGAGCCAGGAGCGGACCGGACCGAGGGCGGGGACCAGGCGGACAAGGAGGCGCCUCCCGCCGCCGGGGACAAGAAGAAAAAGCGGAGAAACAGGACCACGUUCACCAGCUUCCAGCUGGAGGAGAUGGAACGCGUGUUCCAGAAGACACAUUACCCGGAUGUGUACAUGCGCGAGCAGCUGGCGCUCAGGGCGGACCUGACGGAGGCCAGGGUGCAGGUGUGGUUCCAGAACCGCCGCGCCAAGUGGAGGAAGAAGGAGCGGUUCCAGCAGAUGGCCGGGAUCCGCCAGGUGGCGCUCGGGGCCGAUCCGUACGACAUGCAGAUGGCGCCCAGACCGGACGGCUAUUCACAGAUCCAGCCGGCGCCCUGGCAGCCCAGCCGCGCCAACAACAGCUCCUGCAUGUCUCCGCAGAUCAGCCCCCCUCCCACCUUCAUGGGCGUGGCCGCGCAGGCGCACUCCUACCACACCAGCGCCUCCCCGGGAAUAGCAACCACCAAUAGCAACGCGUUCCCGGAUCACAUGACUGUCCACGUCACCAUGGCCAACGGGCAGCACACGGAUAUGACGUACACGCAGACAUGCGCAGACAGGAGGAGUUCCAGUAUAGCUGCGCUCAGACUGAAGGCCAAAGAACACAGCGCCGCGCUAGGCUUCAUGGGAGGCCUGGUCGGCCCCUCUUUCAUGUGAUGAUGUCAUCCUGGUUGUCAUGGUGUCACCAUGGAGACUGUACUAAUGAAAAUGUCAGAUUGGACGUUUGCAUUAACGGGAAAUGGUGAUGACCCAACACCAAAACACGGUCAUAAAUACUACAGCGUAUAUCACAUUAGAUGAUGAGCAAUCGGGUUGCCACCAAGAGAUUUCCAACGGCUCUGCUUGGAAAGCAACCUUCGACCACACUUUGUAUUGGUGCAUAUCGUUUGACGUUAUGUCUACAUGAUGAUCGUACCUAUGGUAGGCAUAAUGCACGACAAUUCUAAUGAUUGUAAACGAGACAAAAUAUUUUUGUAACCAAUAUGUAAGAAGAUGUCACAGGUAUGAGUAAGUAGCAAGUACGGAGGUAGUCUUUGUAACACACCUACCUGGGGCCGUAACUGACCGGUACCCCUCCCCUAUAGGCGGGCCGGAUGUUGGGCGGGCUGCUAUAAGCGAGGUUUCAUCAGGCUAGUACGGAGUGGUAUAGACGUGUACUUUCUUCACCAUGCAUCAUUUCAAUGUGCGGACCAAGAAGUUGACCAAGACGCCAAAGUACUAGUGGCGAUUGAAUCGAGUGUAACAUUCGAUGAAUAUUCCAUACAUUCUGCAUUCC